CACAGUGUUACAACAGUGCACCGUGGGGUCUCUUUGAAAUUACUAGCAAGGCUGACAAAAUGCGAGGAUUUCAAUGUCUCUUACUCUGCGUUUUGCUUUACUCGGCUUCCGUUGACGCGUUCGGUGUAUGUACAGAUGCUGAUGAUGAUGCAAGCUGUCCAGACAAUGCCACAUGUGAGGAUGAAGAUGCAGACAACACUUUUGAAUGCGAGUGUGAGGACGGUUUCGAUGAGAUCGAUGUACCGGGCCUAACUAUUGGUGGAGAAGCAGUGACAGUUUGUGUUGAUCUCGGCGUUUGCAGUCCGUUAGACAACGAAGUGGGUGACUGUGGUGAGAAUGGAGAAUGUGCAAUCUUCCAAAACGAUUUUGGAAUAUUUGAAGCUGCCUGUAUAUGCGACGAGGGAUACUACGGAGAAAAAUGUGACAAACAAAUGCCACUAACAAGAAUGACUACAACUAGUACUGCUACUACUGGCACGACUAAGAGGUCAGGAUAUGGAGUCCUCAUUCCGCUCAUUGGGGGAGGGGCAUUUCUCCUAGUCCUACUGGCUGGAGGAGCUGCAGCGCUGGCAUCCUCAACUGGAUAGAUGUCCUCAAGGUCCUCAAGAUCCUCAAACUACAACAAAUGAUCCUGAUUAUGUCACUGAAUGGAAUUUGAAAUAAAUGAAUAUGCAGUU